AGUCUCUCGGUACAGGCCGUUGGGUGAGCUGCGUUUUGCAUUUAUUCUUCGAAUGUUGUUCUGAAGUAAUUCAAUAUAAAUUUGACAUCGUGAACGUUCGUUUUUUAAAAGUUUUUUUGUGUUGAUUUGACGGGAGCAAAUAGAUUGAAACCAUGGAGGCCCCUGACUUCAAAGAAUUUGCAAAAGCAAUGACUGAUUACAUUGCUGAGUACUUGGAAAAUAUUCGUGACAGACAAGUUGUUCCGUCAGUAAAACCUGGCUACCUUCGACCGUUAGUUCCGGAACAAGCACCGCAACAACCGGAGCCUUGGACUGCGGUGAUGGCGGAUAUCGAGCGCGUGGUUAUGUCCGGGGUCACCCACUGGCACUCGCCUCGGUUCCACGCCUACUUCCCAACCGCUAACUCGUAUCCCGCUAUAGUAGCAGACAUGCUCAGCGGCGCCAUCGCUUGCAUUGGUUUUACUUGGAUUGCUAGCCCGGCAUGUACAGAGUUGGAAGUGGUUAUGUUGGAUUGGUUGGGUCAAAUGCUUGGCCUGCCAGAAGAGUUCUUGGCGCGAUCAGGUGGCGAGGCCGGCGGUGUAAUCCAGGGCACGGCUAGCGAAGCUACUCUUGUCGCACUGCUAGGAGCCAAGUCUCGCAUGAUGCAAAGAGUCAAGGAACAACACCCUGAAUGGAGUGACACCGAUAUAUUAUCCAAGCUCGUCGGCUAUUGUAAUAAACAAGCCCAUUCUUCGGUGGAGCGAGCUGGACUCCUCGGCGGUGUUAGGCUAAAAUCACUACAGCCAGACGGUCAACGUCGUCUUCGCGGAGACACUCUUCGUGACGCUAUUGAUGAAGACAUCCGCAACGGUCUCAUUCCAUUCUAUGUUGUUGCUACAUUGGGUACAACUUCAUCCUGUACAUUCGACGCUCUUGACGAAAUUGGAGAUGUCUGUCUCUCACAUGGAAUUUGGCUUCACGUCGAUGCCGCCUACGCUGGAUCUGCUUUCAUCUGCCCUGAGUAUCGAUACCUUAUGAAAGGCGUUGAGAAAGCGGAUUCAUUUAAUUUCAAUCCUCACAAAUGGAUGCUGGUCAAUUUUGAUUGUUCAGCAAUGUGGUUGAAACAGCCACGAUGGAUCGUCGAUGCUUUCAACGUUGAUCCUCUUUACUUGAAACACGACCAGCAAGGCUCAGCGCCAGAUUACCGUCAUUGGCAAAUACCGUUGGGCCGCAGAUUCAGAGCGCUGAAGUUGUGGUUCGUUUUGCGAUUAUACGGUGUUGAGAACUUACAAAAACACAUCAGAAAACAGAUCGCAUUGGCCCAUCUGUUCGAGAAGCUUUGCACUUCAGAUGAUAGAUUCGAGUUGUUUGAAGAAGUCACUAUGGGUUUAGUGUGUUUCAAACUCAAAGGAAGCAAUGAAAUCAAUGAAGAACUAUUACGCCGUAUAAACGGACGUGGAAAAAUUCAUCUUGUCCCAUCUAAGAUCGAUGAUGUCUAUUUCUUGAGAUUGGCUAUUUGCUCGCGUUUCUCCGAAGAAAGCGAUAUACAUAUUUCUUGGGAAGAAAUAAAAUCGAGUGCUGACGAAGUUCUUAAAAGCCAAAAGAAGUAAAUAGUAGUCUCAUAGCAAAAUAAUUUUGAGCUUUCCUAUUAGUAUUUAUUCAUAAUUACAAAGAUACAUUAAUAUGUAAUCUUUUUAAAUUACUAUAUUAUAUACCUUACAUACACACUAGUAAUUGCAUUGUUUAGAAAUAUUCUUUAAAUUAAUACGAUUGUUAUAAUUUUUUUUUUUAAAUAUAUUGCAAUGAGAUCUAUUACGUUCAAUUCGAGCGUAUGUAGGUAAUUAUCAUUGCGCAUGAAUAUCAGCAAUAUCCGGGACAUAGCCGAGUCAUGUUAGCUCUUCUAGACCUCGAUUGAAGCAUAUGCUCUCAGGUGCACUCUCCCAAUAAACGUAUUUUUUUUAAACUGGACGGUGGAAACACUUUCUACAAAUUCUGGUUUGAUGAAGGAUGGCAUUUAAUGAAGGAGAACUGUGGUCUCCGAUGGCCAGAUGUUACCAAUGGUCGGUUAUGUAUCGAAAAUCGAAUGAUCCGUUUGUGAAUGAAGCUUCGAUUGUUGAUCGAAGGUAUUAAGUCGAAUGGAAGUUUCCGGUACUUAAGAUGACCCCGCCCAUGAAGAUUAUUUUUUUUAAUUAUAGCAAUAAUUGAAGUAAAACAACACUUGAUAUCCGCAUUAUAUUGCAAAAUACGUAAAAUAAUGUGAUUGUAUGUUAUGCUUGUGAUAUAAAAUAAUUUUAAUAAUAAGUAAAAUUGAAGUACUCUUGUUUUAGUUAAAAAAAUACUGUUGUGAAAAUUGUGUAUUAACAUAGGCAUAUCUGUUUACAUAUUUAAAGAAAUUUUGAAAAAUUAUUUAUUGCUUUAAAAAUUCAUGUUUGCGUGAUUUGUUAAAAGUGUUAAAAGUAAAUUUGUUAACUGAAAUGUUUUUACGUUGUUGUUGCUUAAAUAUAUAGAAAUUUUAAACAUAAA